ACCCAACCAAAAAUCUACAGCAGUGAAACAUUCUAGGGAUUGACUCCUCAGUCAAAUUCAUCACCAGUUAAUCGCCCUUGUCUAUGAAUCAAUACACACACAUAUACAUACACGCAGUGAGUUAAAGCAGACGAGAUUGCGAGAUCAUCUUGCAAAACACACUGUUUAAGCGUGGCGAUGAGAUUAAUCGAGAGAUUACUAACAGUAAUUGUAUUAGUGUGUGUAAUUUCAGUGUUGGAAUCGGAAUCAGCAUCGGAAGCGUAUCGGAGAGAUCCAGGUCAUCCGCAAUGGCAUCACGGCGCUUUUCAUGAUGUUAAAGAUAGCGUCCGAUCCGACCUUCGGCGUAUGCUCCAUUCGCGAGCUGAGGUACCAUUCCAAGUCCCACUUGAAGUAAAUAUUGUCCUCAUUGGUUUUAAUGGAGAUGGAGGCUAUAGGUACUCGAUAGAUUCCCAAAAGUUGGAAGAGUUUUUGAGAGUUGGCUUCCCAACUCACAGACCAUCAUGCCUAGAGACAGGCGAGCUCCUUGACAUUGAGCAUCACAUUGUCUAUAAUGCAUUUCCAGCUGGCCAACCAGAAUUGAUAGCACUUGAGAAAGUACUGAGAUCGGCCAUGACUACUGCUGGAACUGCAAGAGAGAUUGAUUUUGGUAGAGAAGUCUCCUUGUUUGAAGUUGACGCAACAGCAGUGGAACCAGAAUUUAGUAAGUUGUACUCUUACUUAUUUGACAUUGAGAGUGGAGGCGAUCCUACAGAAGAGAUGGACAGAACUAUGCCCAGUGCAAUAUUUAUUGUUAAUUUUGACAAGGUAAGGAUGGAUCCAUGGAACAAAGACGUUGAUUUUGACAGCUUAAUGUAUGGAAAAAUUAACCCGUUAACUGAAGAGGAGAUGAAGAAACAAGAGGGAGACUACAUUUACCAGUAUCGUUACAAUGGCGGAGGAGCAUCUCAAAUUUGGUUAGGCUCUGGCAGGUUUGUUGUGAUCGAUCUUUCAGCAGGACCAUGCACUUAUGGAAAGAUUGAAACUGAAGAAGGCAGUGUCAGUUCUAAAACGCUUCCUCGUUUGCGGAAUGUGAUGUAUCCAAAGGGUUCAGGUUCAAUUAGUGAGCCUUACUCCACUGACAUGUUUUUUGGACGAGUUGCUUCUCUGGUUGCAACCACGAUUGAGCACGUUAUAGCUCCCGAUGUUAGGUUUGAGACUGUUGAUCUAACUACUCGUUUGCUCAUACCAAUCAUUGUCCUCCAAAAUCACAAUCGAUACAAUAUCAUGGAGAGAGGUCAUAACUACAGUAUAAACGUUGAAGCUAUUGAAGCCGAGGUUAAAAAGAUGGUGCACAGUGGUCAAGAAGUAGUAAUAGUAGGUGGUUCACAUUUAUUGCAUCACCAUGAGAAGUUGGCCAUUGCUGUUUCGAAAGCAAUGCGAAGUCAUUCCCUUCAAGAAACAAAGAAGGAUGGCCGUUUUCAUGUUCAUACCAAGACUUAUCUCGAUGGUGCUAUUCUAAAAGAGGAAAUGGAACGAUCUGCUGAUGUGCUAGCUGCAGGUUUACUUGAAGUGUCUGAUCCGUCCCUCUCUAGUAAAUUUUUUCUCCGCCAGCACUGGGCAGAUGAGAAUGAUGGUUCAAGCGAUUCAAUUUUAAAGCAUAAACCUCUUUGGGCUACAUAUAACUCGAAACGAGGCAAGGAUAAAAAGAAAAAGACUCAAAAACAAGGGGAUUUGUACCGGACUUAUGGAACAAGAGUGAUUCCUGUCUUUGUUCUAUCAUUAGCUGAUGUGGAUCCCCACCUUAUGAUGGAAGAUGAAAGUCUAGUAUGGACUAAUAAUGAUGUAGUUAUCGUUCUUCAGCAUCAAAAUGAGAAGAUACCUUUAAGUUAUGUUUCGGAAACAUUGAGAAGGCAAGCUAUUCCAUCUCAAGCUCAGCGACAUAUAAUCGCUGGGCUGGCUUCUGUUGUGGGAGGGGUAAGUGCACCAUACGAAAAGGCUUCCCACGUGCAUGAAAGGCCAGUAGUGAAUUGGCUUUUGGCAGCGGGUUGUCAUCCAUUUGGACCAUUUUCAAAUACUUCACAAUUAAGUCAAAUGCUUCAGGAUGUCGCGUUGAGAAACACAAUAUAUGCGCGUGUAGAUUCUGCUCUUCAUCGUAUUCGGGAUACCUCAGAGGCUGUUCAAUCAUUUGCUUCCGAGUAUUUGAAGACCCCUCUUGGUGAACCUGUGAAGGGAAAAAGGAACAAGUCAAGCACUGAGUUAUGGUUGGAAAAGUUCUACAAGAAAACCACCAACCUGCCUGAACCAUUUCCACAUGAAUUAGUAGAAAGAUUAGAAAAAUACUUGGACGGCCUUGAAGAACAGCUAGUAGAUCUCUCUUCCCUGCUAUAUGAUCACAAGCUGCAAGAUGCACACCUAAACAGCUCUGAAAUUCUUCAAAGCUCCAUCUUUACCCAGCAGUAUGUGGACCAUGUUCUGAUCAGCGAGAAGGAAAAAAUGAGAUGCUGCAGUAUUCAAUACAAGUUGCCUGUGCAAUCUUCCCAAAAUUUGAUUUAUGCAGGAAUUCUUUUGGCAGGAUUUUUUGUGUAUUUUGUAGUUAUUUUCUUUUCAUCUCCUGUUCGUUGAUGUAAAACAGUAGCCACCAUAUGCAUUAGUUUUCAUUGCUGUUGCAAGUUGCAACUGUAGGAUAUUAUAGGCUUAGCCUGAAAAGGCAUAUAGUUACAGAAGAGAGAGGAGAUUUAGAGCCAUCUGUUCCAGUAUAUCAACCAAGUGAUUGUAAAAAGGGAUUUUGGGUCCCCAAAUGCUAUAUGUAAAACCGUGUUUAAUGAACACAAACUGAAACAGAUUUUGAUAGUUCCCUGAUUAUCUAGAGGCAAAUUGUUAUAA